AUUUUCUUGGAAGUAACAACAACAAAGUUUGUGUGACAUAUUGGCUAAACAUCAAGGUUCAAAAUGUAUAUUGAUACUCACUUUGAAGGACCUUCCCUUUUUCCCAAUGAUUCUCCUGAUAAGGAGUUUACUGAAGAAAUUCUAUCUUACACAGAUACCUUUUACAAGACAGUUGUUUCUUCUUUUAAAGGAGAUGUGAAUGAGGCUGAUACUGCUUUUGAUUACAUUGAGAAUGUUCUCUCCAAGUAUGAUAAUGGACCUUUCUUCCUUGGCCAAUUUAGUUUGGUGGAUAUAGCAUAUGCUCCUUUUAUGGAAAGAUUUCAACCUUUUCUAGUGGAAGUGAAAAAUUAUGACAUUACAUUGGGCAGACCUAAAUUGGCGGCAUGGAUUGAGGUAGAUCAUGCAGUAAAAUCUUAUUUAUUUAAUAUUUUGGUGAAUUGA